AUGUCACCUCCCGCCUCCAAUGCGCAGCUACCUUCCCCAUCUCGCCGAAUCAUCGGUGAGCGAAAUCGUGGCAGCUAUAAACACCAUACAAUAAGUACGCGGUUCUUACAGCUGAUAGUGAUGAUGAUCAUGAAAUAUUCUCCUCCAUUCCAAAUGCGUUUCUUCCUUUACCUUACCGACCCUGGAACCGGUGGGACAAAGAUGAAGGCAAAGAAGUCCAACGAGAAAGACGAAUCCGACAAGGAGGACGAAGAGAAGGAAAAAUUCAAGAGCAGUCUAAAGAGUGCAAUCAUUAUCCAGCGACCUAACAUAUCUUGGGAUGAUGUGGUUGGCUUGAGUGCAGCUAAGGAGGCUUUGAAAGAGGCCGUCAUCCUACCCAUCAAAUUCCCCCACCUUUUUACCGGCAGCCGAACUCCGUGGCGAGGAAUUUUGCUUUAUGGACCUCCGGGAACUGGUAAAUCAUUUCUGGCCAAGGCUGUGGCUACGGAAGCAAAUAAUUCCACGUUCCUAUCCGUGUCCAGUUCCGACUUGGUUAGCAAGUGGCUCGGAGAAUCGGAGAAAUUGGUCAAAACUCUUUUCGCCAUGGCUCGAGAACAAAAGCCGAGCAUAGUAUUCAUCGAUGAAAUCGACUCCAUCUGUGGCUCUCGUAACGAAAGCGAGUCUGAAUCCGCUAGACGCAUCAAGACAGAAUUUCUUGUUCAGAUGCAAUCGCACCCUCAAUGGCGCUCGUACAUCCAAGGUAUCGCCUUCAGUGCAAAGCUCGUCGCACCCUCAAUGGCGCUCGUACAUCCAGUGCAAAGCUUCCUUCCCAAUCUUUUCACUUAA